UGCAGUACAUCCGACUAGCCUCACAACUGCAGACCACRUGUAACCACGCCAGCCCAGGACCUCCAUGUCCGGCUUCUUGUAUUCCACAAUAUUGUGAAAUUGUAGCCAAUGUAAAAGGCCAGCAACACUUAUUAUUAUUCAGAGCCCUGUGAAAUGACACCAUAUAGAUUCUACAGACCCUACUGAGUACUCCCCACCCCACUUUUACAUUGACACAAAUACAUGUUUUUCCUGUACAGUGGUAUCUAUAUUUGUACCUAAUACAGUGUCCAGGCACCUCCUUUUAAGCUGUUUGACCACAGUAAAUGGCAAGCAGCACUCCAUGUUAUUCAGAGCCCCAUGAAAUAACACCAUAUAUAGAUUUUAAAAACCUUAUUGAGUACUCCAACCCCACUUUUACAUCGGCACCUAGAAUACAUUUUGCUCUAUAAACCAAUAUGUAUUCAAUAUACAGUGAUUUGCAUUGGGGUUAUUUAUUUGACCUUGGAACAUGUUUAACUCACAUUUAAUGCAAAUGGCACUUAAAUAUGAACAAAUAUUAGUCAUUGUUUAUGUUUAGACAAUAAUUGUACAUAAAUCAUUAAUAAUACAGGCUAAUGACACUUUUAUACUAUUACGUGGGGGAUUUUUCUUCUGAAAAUGUCCGAAAUUCCGUGACCCAGAAGUACUUUCUCAAUGUUGCUGACGAGACACUGAUUGGAGUUGGGACGUGGAAUUUCAGUGAAUCUGCAGCCCAGAGCUAUUGCCUUCUCGCAAAUAAUAAUACAAUAAGAAAAGGGAACAAACGAGUGAUCACAGUAUUUGUCGUCUGUCUGUACUGUAUAUGUGUGCUCAUGUUAUAAGAGCGAACAGAAUUUAGAAGAUGAAGCUCAAAGAGAUCAACCGCACAGCUAUCCAGAGCUGGAGCCCAGCACRGCACCAUCCUGUGUACCUGGCAGCAGGUACAUCAGCCCAGCAGCUGGAUGCCUCCUUCAGUACCACUGCCUCUCUGGAGAUCUUUGAGCUGGACCUGGCUGAGCCUUCUCUGGACAUGAAGCUCCGCGGAGCAUACUCCUCCUCUCACAGAUACCACACGCUGGCGUGGGGUCCCCACGGCAUGGAUGCAGAGGGUCUCCCGUCCGGAGUGCUCAUUGCAGGGGGCGAGAAUGGUGAUGUCAUCUUGUACGACCCGGCCAAGAUCAUUGCUGGAGACAGUGAUGUUGUCAUCGCUCAGAGCGACAAACACAUCGGGCCGGUCAGGGCCCUUGAUGUCAACUCCUUCCAGACCAAUCUGGUUGCUUCAGGAGGUAACGAAUCAGAGAUCUACAUCUGGGACCUGAACAACUUUGGCUCCCCGAUGACACCAGGCCCUAAAACUCAGCCUCUGGAGGACAUCAGCUGUGUGGCGUGGAACAGACAGAUCCAACACAUCCUGGCUUCAGCCAGCCCCAGCGGCCGCGCCUCCAUCUGGGACCUCCGCAAGAACGACCUCAUCAUCAAAUUCAGCGACCACAGCAACAGGAUGCACUGCUCUGGGCUGGAGUGGAACCCAGAGGUAGCUACUCAGCUGGUGCUGGCCUCAGAGGAUGACCGGAUGCCAGUGAUCCAGAUCUGGGACCUGCGUUUCACCGCCUCCCCUCUCAAAGUCCUGGAGAACCACACACGGGGUGUCCUGGCCAUCGCCUGGAGUUUGGCUGACCCUGAGCUGCUACUGAGCUGUGGGAAAGACAACAGAAUCCUCUGCUGGAACCCCAACACUGCAGAGGUGCUGUAUGAGUUGCCUACCAGUACCCAGUGGUGCUUUGACAUCCAGUGGUGUCCCAGGAACCCAGCGGUGCUGUCGGCAGCAGCCUUCGACGGACACAUCAGCGUCUACUCCAUCAUGGGGGGYAGCAGCCAGGCUGUCAGCCAGACACAGGCAGACAUAAUCAGCAUGUCGUUUGGCAACGUGGAUCCAUUUGGAAUGGGCCAGACCCUGCCCCCCCUGCAGCUUCCCCAAGCCUCCCCCUACACCAUCACCCCCCUCAAAAAGCCCCCCAAGUGGAUCCGCAGGCCCGUGGGGGCCUCCUUCGCUUUUGGUGGUAAGCUCGUGUCGUUGGAGAACAUUAACAGCCCCCAGCACCCUCAGCAGCCCACGGCCCAUGUGGUUCACGUCAGUCAGGUGAUCACCGAGACGACCUUCCUGGAGCGCUCGGCCCAGCUGCAGGCCACGCUGGCUGCAGGCAGCUUCACUGACUUCUGCCAGGAGAAGAUCGAUGCUGCCCAAAACGAGUUCGACAAGACCGUSUGGUCCUUCUUAAAGGUGAACUUUGAGAAUGAUUCUCGUGGAAAAUACCUGGAGCUUUURGGAUACAAGAAGGAGGAGCUAGCAUCAAAGAUUGCAGCAGCAUUAAAGGGAAAACCUAUUCAGCCUGAGGAGGUACAGCCCCAGCUACAGCCUGUACCUGACCUCACCAACCUGCAGCCAGUACCCGGCUUUGACCCGAUGCCWUCAGUCCCCACCCUGCAGCCUCUAGCCGACCCUGGACGACUCCGCUCUGCCGACCUCCCACCUGAAGACGCAUUUGACCUCAUCGCUGGUACAAAUCUCCAUCCAGCAGUGGAACUGGAACUCAAACCUGCUCCAGAACCGGAAGAUCCGUUUGACCUCAUCGCUGCUGCAAACCUCCAGCAAAUAGCGGAACUGGACGUGACCAAGUCUCUGGAAUYAGUGGAACCAGAAGUGGACCUGGCAGAGUCUCYGGAAGCAGUGGAACCAGAAGUGGACCUGGCAGAGUCUCUGGAAGCAGAAGUGGACCUGACAAGGGAUUUGGCCCUUGAGGCUGAAGCUGAGCCCAAGGCCCAGGAAGAGAUGCCAGUAGUAGAAGAGAUUCCUCUGGAGGAGGAGGAGGCAGCACCAGUGGAAGCAGAGGCCAGCCUCCCUGAGGAAGCACCAGAACCAGCUCCAGUCCAAGAGGGCGUUAACCUCGGUGUCAGUCAAGGCAUGGACGGCCUGAUCACCCAGGCCCUGCUGACCGGGGACUUCGAGGGCGCCGUGGAACUCUGUCUCCAUGACAACCGAAUGGCCGACAGCAUCAUCUUGGCCAUCGCUGGAGGGGCGGAGCUUCUGGAGAAAACACAGAGGAAGUACUUCACCAAGACUCCCAGCAAGAUCACCAAGCUGAUCAGUGCAGUGGUGAUGAGGGACUGGCGUGAUGUGCUGCAGACCUGUGAGCUGCAGAACUGGAAGGAGGCUCUGGCUGCAGUCAUGACCUACGCCCAGCCUGAUGAGUUCUCCUCUCUGUGUGACCUGCUGGGCUGCAGACUGGAGGCUGUGGAGGACAACACGCUGCAGGCUCAGGCCUGUCUGUGUUACAUCUGUGCUGGGAACUUGGAGAAACUGGUGUCCUGCUGGACCAGAGCACAGGACAGACACUGCCCUCUGUCUCUGCAGGACUUGGUAGAGAAGGUGGUGGUGCUCCGCAAGGCGGUAGAGCAGACCCAGGAGUCUGGUCCCUCUGCUGUGGGGCUUCUACUGGGGGAGAAGAUGAGUCAGUAUGCCAGCCUGCUGGCCUCCCAGGGCAGCCUCACCACCGCCAUCGCAUACCUGCCACAGAACACAGAGCAGGUUGCGGUGCAGCAGCUGCGUGACCGUCUCAGCAGAGCUCUGGGCCAACAGGCUCUAGCUACAGCCCCGGCUCCAGUAGCCCAGGUCCAGCYCCAACCCCCAACCCCCUUCUUCGCCCCCCAGCCCACCGAUGCCCAGUCCAGGCAGCUCUUCACCCCUGCCCAGCCUCCUAUGGUGCUGCCCGCUCCAGCACCAGCCCGUGUACCCGUCGCUGCCCUCGCAACACACCAGUUUUACCAGCCGGUGAGGUCUGCCUCUACAGUGACCUCCUGGAGUAACCAAACUCCCACAGCUCUCCCCAGUGUCCCUCCUUCUCUAGGCCCUGCCACCACAGAGCCCAAGGCUGAGCCGACACCCCCCAUGUAUGGGACGCCUCCCCCUGGGUCAGCUGCCCCACCAGCCUCCUCGGCCGCCGCAUACCCCCCCAUGUUCUCACAUCAGUACCAGUCCUUCCCUCCCGCCAGCCAGUACAACCCUGGCACUGGUGGCCCAGCUAUCUAUUCACCUCUUCAGUACUCUGCUCCUCCUCCUCCCUUCUCACCUCAAGCCCCAGCUCCAGGGUUCAUGCCCCAGUACACUCAACAACCCCUCUACCAGCCUCCUACCAUGGGCCAGCCUCUGUCUUCCGCUCCUCCUUCUCAUCCUCAUUUCUCUCCUACUUCCUCCUUCUCUCCUCCACUGUCCUCUGGAGCGUUUUUCCAACAUGGCGGGCCGGGGUCGCCUGCCUCGUACAUGCUGCCUCCUCCACCAACCGGAUCGUCAGAAGGAUAUAAUCCAGACAGUACCUGUUUCAUGGAAGGCCCUCAGAACGGCUGGAACGACCCUCCUACCCUGAGUAGAGUGCCGAAGAAGGUUCCAGAGAACUACAAUCCUCCUGCUCCCAUCUUUUCCCCCCUGGGUGCCGUGGACCCCCAGUCCCAGCAGCCCCCUCAGCCCAUGGCCCCAGGCCAAGACCAGAACCAGGCCCCAUACCAGGGCAUGCAGCAACAGCAGAUGGCCCCCCCACCCAUGAACCCUGGCAUGCCCAAGACACAUGGAGGGAAUGUGGAGGGAGCGCCCGGAGCCCCUACUGCAGAUGUCAUACAGGCAUUGCCGCUGCAGUCCAUCCCUGCUGAGCAGGUCACAAAGAAGCCCAUCCCUGAGGAGCACCAGGUCCUGAAGAACACCUUUGAGGGCCUCAUUCAGAAGUGCUUGGUUGCUGCCGCAGACCCCCAAACCAAGAGGAAGCUGGAUGACGCCAGCAAGCGCCUUGAGGCCCUCUACGACAAGCUACGAGAGCAGACACUCUCCCUGGCCAUCGUACGAGGCCUACACAACAUGGUGCAAUGCAUCGAGUCUCGCUCCUACAUGGAGAGCCUCAACAUCCACACACACAUAGUGAGUAGCAGCAACUUCAGCGAGACGUCUGCCUUCAUGCCUGUGCUCAAGGUGGUGCUGACACAAGCCAACAAACUGGGGGUCUGAGCAGGAGGAGAGACCCUCCCCCACUCCUUUGAGUCUGGGGUGAGAUGGAGAAGGAUUGGGCAGGGAUUGAUGAUGUCAUAAAAAAAAGACCAGAAAGUCAAUUUGUGAGCCAGGUGGUUUUUUGUUGUUGUACUUUUUACCCCUUUUUUUCCAACUGGUAGUUACAGUCUUGUCCCAUCUCUGUAACUUCCGUACGGACUCGGGAGAGGCGAAGGCCGAGAGCCAUGCGUCCUAUGAAACACCACCCUGCCAAGCUGCGCUGCUUCUUGACACACUGCUCGCUUAACCCGGAAGCCAGCCGCACCAAUGUGUCGGAGGAAACACCGUACACCUG